AUGAAAGUUCAAAUCGUGCUGAGUAUUGGAGCAGCCGAGAAUUACACGUUGGACUUCCGAGAUUUAUCUACAUCCAUGUAUCUUACGGACACCUACGUCAACAAGACCCUGGAGCUGAACGAGACCAGCAGUGAUUUGGUGUACGCCAACCAGUUCGAAGACGAUCCGAUCGUUGUGUUCCUGGUUGUUCUAAAAUGCGUUGUAAUGCUGUUCAUCAUUCUAGCUGCUAUAUUUGGCAAUUUAUUGGUUAUAGUUUCCGUAAUGCGACAUAGAAAGCUUAGAGUGAUUACGAAUUACUUUGUAGUUUCGCUGGCAUUCGCUGAUAUGCUAGUAGCUAUUUGGGCGAUGUGCUUCAACUUCAGUGUGGAAAUUACAAAUGGGAAGUGGUUGUUUGGCUACUUCAUGUGUGAUGUUUGGAAUUCAUUGGACGUGUAUUUCUCAACGGCAUCUAUUCUGCAUUUGUGUUGCAUCAGUGUGGACAGGUAUUAUGCGAUAGUCCAACCUUUGGACUACCCUUUGAUUAUGACGACAGGAAAGCUUGGAAUCAUGCUGGCUGUCGUCUGGUGUAGUCCGGCAUUGGUUUCUUUCCUACCCAUCUUCAUGGGUUGGUACACAACGGAUGAUCAUUUGGACUUUAGGAAAAAGUACCCAAAAGUGUGCAGUUUCACAGUGAACAAAGUGUACGCAGUGAUAUCUAGUAGUGUUAGUUUUUGGAUUCCUGGUGUGAUUAUGUUGUUUAUGUACUAUAGGAUUUAUGUAGAGGCUGAUCGACAGGAGAGGAUGUUAUAUAGGAGUAAGGUAGCGGCCUUGUUGCUAGAUAAACACCUUCAAAUCAAUGGCAUUUCCAUGGGGGAGGUAAUGAGAGAACGACAGAGCAUACAGAUGCAGCCGAUGGCCAGCAGUAAGAUGAAAAGGGAGAGAAAAGCAGCCAGGACUCUGGGGAUCAUCAUGUCAGCUUUCCUGGCGUGUUGGCUGCCAUUUUUCUUAUGGUACAUUAUCACAGCACUAUGCGGGGAAGCGUGUCCCUCCCCCCCGCCGGUAGUGGCCGGUGUUUUCUGGGUGGGGUACUUCAAUUCAGCCCUUAACCCUCUAAUUUACGCCUACUUCAACAGGGACUUCAGGGCUGCCUUCAGGAAAACAUUGGGGUCGUGCUGCCGGUCACUGUGUGGAGACUUCGGUCGGCGCUGCUGGAAACGUCCACGACGUGAGCCCCACCAUUCCAACGCAUCAUCAGACAUACAUAUGAAUAACUGCGUCAAAUCCACCUCAGCUGAUCUUCUAAGAGCGCAUGCGUCCUGCUCCAGGCCGGAGGAGAUAGUCUUCGAGACUUAA